UUAUCAGCAUAAUUUAGCAUUGUGAAGCACCGAACGAAAAGCAAACUUUCAAGAACCCAUCGUAUCCGCAUCAAAACAAUGAUGAUAAAUUUCCUACACAGACAACAGAUGUCGAUACGGACUGUCCAAGCAUGCAGAUGGCCACAAGUGCCCGGUCAAUGUUUUCCCGACACGGCGAAACAAGCAUACCUUCAGGUUUUUCAUAUCAAUCUGGAAACGCUAGUUCUUUUGCUAUUCAUGCAGCAUUUGUACAAAGUUCAAACCUACCAAGGGAUUCGGGUGCUUUUGUUCCAUCUGUACCUAGAUACGUAGAUUAUAUCACGAAUGAAAAAAGAUUGUCAACAUUUCAAACAACAAAAUGGCUAGUAAACGAAAAGCCGGAUAGAGGUAUACUUGCGGAUCUCGGAUUUUUCUAUACAGGUCGGGAAGAUUUGGUAAGAUGCUAUGUAUGCGGCAUUGGUCUAAAAGACUGGGUGAAGAAUGACGAUGUAUUGAAGGAACACGUGAAGCAUUCGCCAAAAUGUACCUACUUAAUGCAAAGGUUUGGCAAACAAGAAGUUGAUCGUAUUCAGGCAGAGCUAUCGACAAGAAAUUUAUCUGGUUCCCAGCUGCCUUACAAAAUAAGAUCUCCUCAAUAUCAAACAAUGGAAGCAAGACUGGCAACUUUUGUAUCAUUUCCCGGCAACAUUGGAAUCCUGCAUCAGCAGUUAGCUGUCGCUGGACUAUAUUUUACAGGCCAAGGAGAUUUAUGUCGAUGUUUUACAUGUGACGGUGGACUCAAGGACUGGAGUGCAGGAGAUGACCCCUGCAAAGAACAUGCAACUUACUUCCCUAACUGCGACUACAUUAAUCAGCUAAAAGGAAGAGAGUAUGUUAGAGCAAUGCAACAAAGAAGGCACAGUAGCCAACCAGUGGGUGCUGCUGCCGGUGGAACUUCUCAGAUGACGAAAGAACCAGAAAUAUCCACGUUAUUAUCAAUGGAUAAACUUAAUAUUUCUAGCAGUGAACCUUCCAAAUCAAUGGUUAGUCGUCAAGUUACGAGGAUGGGAUAUUCAGAACGUGAUGUAGAAACUGCGAAAGCAGAACUGGAGAAAGCUGGUGAAACGAAUCCUAGCGUGGAGAGUAUUGUGAACAAGAUACUUGUUUUGCAAGGUCAAGUGACAAAUACCACUGCUGCGGAGGACAAUAAUCACGAAGAUUUGCAAGCGAUUGCUGAAGAAAACGAACAGCUUUCCCAGAUGAUCCAAUGUAUGCUGUGUAUUGACGAGGAACCGGAUAUCCUAAUUUUACCUUGUGCGCAUCACCGAAUUUGCCACAAAUGCUCUGAAAAUAUGACGCAUUGUCCUGUUUGCAACAAUUACAUUGAGGACAAGAUCAGGACGUACCGGGCGUAAUGAUGGGGCAUUGUAACAAACAAGUCAUAUUUUACGUAAUAUAUUAAUGCCACAGGUGUACGCUGCACUUCCAUAUACUGUAGAAGAUAUCACUGUAUGAAUGUGUUAAGAGUUUGUCACUUUGAGAAAUAACAUUUAUGGUCUAACCUUCCAAUUUCAUUUCAAUAUUUAGUCUCCUUGUGGGUUGAUCAGUGUGUGAAUGACUUAUUCUUACGUUAUAAUUCACGUAUGCCGAUUUGGACACUUAACUGAACAUAGGUAAAAUAUUAGCCAAUAAGGAAACAUAACAGACGGGAGUUUUCCUUGUUUUUUCCAGCAUACUCAGAUCCAGUUGUUUAGAUUGUGAACAACCGUGGUGGUUAGAAUAUUACAUGUUUGUUACAAGAGCCCUUUCUCCAAAUAUCCGCGAAGCGUUGUUAACCCAUGUUUUGAAUCCGAUGAUAUGAUAAAAAGCAUGGCUGGUCUUAAAUUAAAUAGAAUGCAGAAAAAAUGUGAUUCUGGUUAAAGUUAAAUACAACAAACUUUUUGUGGUGAAAACGAUUGUGUCAUGUCAAUGUAACAUAGAUAAUGUUGCGAUUGUUCUUUCAGCGCUGUGUGGAUAAUUAACGAAAGAAAGUUUGGAAAAUGUCAAUAUUCACAGUAAACACUACUUAUUGUUCUUAUUGUAAAACAGCUAGCACAUUGUGAUUAAAAUAUUUUAUUUUAUUUUAUUUUUUUGGCUAUCAAGACGGUUUUGCAAAUAUUAUCUUAAACAUAUAUUUACCGUGUACAAUAUUCUAGAUAUGGUAUAGUUACAGUUAUAUCAGAAUGAAUACACUUACAUAUCUAAAUGCACAUUUUCGUUGUUGUAUUGAUGAUUAAUUGUAUUGAUAUACACUACACUAUAGUUAUGGCUACCGUUUGUUAAAGACAUCCUAUACCCAACUUUCACUAAAAUAUUUUGUCUUUAGAUAUUUACUUCAAAUGUAGUAAAUGCUCAUCAAGUAUAUCGAAGUAACUAAAUGUAUACAUUUAUUGUCUAUGCUGAGUUAUAUUCAAAAUUAAAUGCCAUGCAGUA